AUGGCGGCCUUCAAACGCCUGCUCUCUCCAACCGUUCGCCGCUGCUUCUCCGGCGAAUCACCGUUACCACCUCGCCACCUGGUCUCACUCGUUCGCCGCCGCUUCUCCACGGAGCCCCAACCGUCUCCAAACCCCGAAUCGAACGCCGACCCGAAAGUCGCCAAUCCACGGCAGCCCAUCAAUAUCCAGACCGUUUCGUACCCAGCCAGGCUUAAACCUCCACCGACCGAAGAAAAUCUGGAGAAACCCCCACCUGAAACACAAACCUCACCGCCGGAUUCCCAGGAUCCCGUCAACCGGGAAACCCGGUCGUGGUCUCGGGAUGAGAUGCGGUACAUGAAGGACGCACCCAUGAUUACCCCGGUUUCUUACCCGACCCGGGUUGCCCCGUUGCCCGAGUACACGAAAAGGGGAGAGGAAGGUACAGCGGGUUGGAACGAGGGGUUGGAAAGGGAGAGGAAGAAGAUCGAGGAGUUCAGGCAGCACGGGGCUUCGGCGUAUUUGAGGCUGGAGGAGGAGGACGUGGCUUUGCCCUUCCCAAAGCUUAUUAAGGAGGAGAAUACUGAUCGAAACAGUAAGAAGAAAGGCAAGGUCAUUUACGAUCUCAAGGAGGCUAUUCAGCUGGCGAAGGCUGGUGCCAGGAAAACUUUUGAUGAAACACUAGAAGCACAUGUGAGAAUGAAUCCAGACUUGCGGCGAACUGAUCUGAAGCUGGCGGGUUUUGUGUGCCUUCCACAUGGUUUUGGCAAGACACAUCGAGUAGCUGUCUUUGCGGAAGGAGCUGCUGCAGAUGAGGCUCGAGAUGCUGGAGCCGAUAUUGUUGGCGGCCAAGAACUGGUGGAGAGCAUCCGGACUGGUCAAGUCAAAGUAGAUUUUGACAAGUGUAUUGCUACUCCUUCCAUGAUGGAACAUGUGAAAAAGUUAUCAAAAUAUCUUAAACAAUUAAUGCCAGACACCAAGAAAGGUACAUUAACCAAUGACAUAACCCGGACUGUCAAAGAAGCGAAAGUGCCGAGCAUUCGUUUCAAGAAAGACAAAACCGCGAUAGUACAUGUAGGACUGGGGAAGCUUAGCUUCACAGAGGAUGCUUUAAGGGACAAUAUUGGUGCAUUUGUAAAUGCUCUUUUACUUGCAAAACCUGCUGGUUUGAAAAAGAGUUCAAAAUAUGCUGGGUAUGUGGACGCCUUCCACAUUUGCAGCACGAUGGGCCCAUCUUUUCCUAUUUCGAUACAAUCAUUAUCGAUGGCCGCUGACCGCUACAGUAGAUCACAACUGAGAUGA